AUGCAUAUGCAGGGACUGGCAUUUCAGGUGCUGAGGAGCAAAUGGGCAACGGAGGAGUUGUUGACGGAGCGAGAAGUCAAAUCCCUUUUAGAUUGGCAGCGCCUCCACUGUGGAUGCAUAGCUUCUAAGUCUUUGCUUCAACUUUUGGAUUUUGGGGGUGUUGGUUGUACGAGCUGUGCAAAGAAUUAUCGACUUCACCCGAUCCGUAGUGAUGAGAUUCCUAAUGGUUUUGGCUUGUUAAUAAAUAACGCCUGUGAUUUGGAAUCAACUCCUCUAGAAAAUAGAGUGGCUGGUCGUACUUUUGAUGAGGGAAAACUUGCACAGCUGUGCAGACUCAUGGAGGCUAAUGCACCCAACCUAUUAUGUCAGUCUGACUAGAAUAGAGUGGCUGGUCGUACUUUUGAUGAGGGAAAACUUGCACAGCUGUGCAGACUCAUGGAGGCUAAUGCACCCAACCUAUUAUGUCAGUCUGAGGGAGCUGACACAAAUGCAGGUCUGGGGCAAUUCAGACAAGAGGAGGUGAUGCAUCAAAUUGUAGAAGCUAGCUCAGGGUUCUCAGCUGCUGCUCAAUCAUCAGCUGGACAAUCUAAAUUUGCCCAACCAUCAAUAUUAGAUAUGAGAGAUAUCCAUGGAUCACAUGCUCAGCCAUCCUUGAGUAUGUCAAUGGGAGCUCCAUCAGGAACGGCAAGUUUUGCUCCAUAUCCUUGUGGGGUUGUUGAAGGAAAAGAGCAAAGCAAAACAUCUCCCUUUCAGCAAGGGCAAAGAUCUCGUCCAAUAUUUCCGAAACCCUCAAAACCGGUUCUUGCUGGGCGUUCAGAGACCAAUAAGGUUGCAGUCUCUGAGCUGCGAAUUGCAAGACCACCUGCUGCGGGACGGGGGAAGAAUAAGUUACUUCCCAGGUACUGGCCAAGAAUCACUGAUCAAGAGCUGCAGCAGUUAUCUGGAGAGUAUCCUUUUCUUUGUAAUUCCAACAUUGUCCCAUUAUUUGAGAAGGUUCCCAGUGCCAGUGAUGCUGGUCGAAUUGGUCGCCUAGUUCUCCCAAAGGCAUGUGCUGAAUCAUAUUUUCCUCCCAUUUCUGAAUCUGAAGGCCUUCCUUUAAGGAUUCAAGAUGUGAAGGGGAGAGAAUGGACAUUUCAGUUCAUUUUUUGGCCCAAUAAUAACAGCAGGAUGUAUGUCCUGGAGGGUGUAACCCCUUGUAUACAGUCUAUGCAAUUGCAAGCGGGUGAUACAAUAACUUUUAGCCGGAUAGAUCCUGGGGGCAAACUUGUCAUGGGAUUUCGCAAGGCUACAAACAACUCUUUAGAUACACAGGAUGCCCAAACAUCUGCAAUUCCUAAUAGUGCUGCUAUCACCGAAACUUCUUUUUCUGCUGAUGGGGAUAUUGGCUGGAACAAGAGUGAGAAUCACGGAGGCAGGGUAAAUGGGGAUGCACUGCUGCAAUCAACGUCAGAGAAGAAAAGAACUCGAAAUAUUGGACCUAAGAAUAAGCGAUUACUCAUGAAUAGUGAAGAUGCUUUGAGCUCAACGUCAGAGAAGAAAAGAACUCGAAAUAUUGGACCUAAGAAUAAGCGAUUACUCAUGAAUAGUGAAGAUGCUUUGGAGCUGCGACUUACAUGGGAAGAAGCGCAGGACUUGCUUCGCCCACCCCCUAGUGUAAAGCCGAGCAUUGUUACUAUUGAGGACCAUGAAUUUGAAGAAUAUGAUGAGCCACCAGUUUUUGGGAAGAGGACAGUAUUUGCUGAUCAACCAUCAGGGGGACAGGAGCAAUGGGCUCAAUGUGAUGAUUGCUCCAAAUGGCGAAAAUUGCCGCAAGAUGCUCUUCUCCCUCCGAAGUGGACCUGUUCAGACAAUGUUUGGGAUUCAAGCAGGUGUUCGUGUUCGGCACCAGAGGAGAUGAGUCUGAAGGAUUUAGAUUAUCUUCUGAGAGUGAGCAAAGAUUUGAAGAAGCGAAGGAUUGUAGAGAGACGCAAGGCAUCACCUGAAUGUGAGCCUUCUGGAUUAGAUGCAUUAGCUAGUGCUGCUGUUUUAGGCGACAAUAUUUGUGAUACAGGUGAGCCAUCAGUUGGAGAUACGACAAAGCAUCCAAGGCACCGUCCUGGUUGUACUUGCAUUGUCUGCAUUCAACCUCCCAGUGGUAAGGGCAAGCACAAACCCACAUGUACAUGCAAUGUGUGCAUGACUGUAAAGCAUCGCUUCAAAACACUCGUGCUACGUAAGAAGAAACGACAAUCAGAACGUGAAGCGGAAUCCCAGAAGGUGGACAACAAUGACUGCAAGGAUGAUUCUGAAAUGUCACCUACAGAUAAGUUGGAUAAUGAAAGAAAUCCAAAUAGAAAGCAAACUGAGGUGGCUGAAACCAGUGCUGGGCAAAUAGACUUAAAUUGUCAUCCUAACGGCGAGGAUAUACAGAUGGACAUCCCAGGAUUGAGCAUAAUGGACCUUGCUGAUGCAGCCAACAUGCCAUUUGACAAUUAUAUCAAGGAAAAUGGGCUUUCAAGCUUGAUGUGUGACCGGCAGGCGAGCUUGGGAUCCUGUUCCCAUUCACAAUCUGAUGGUGAGAAUCUGAGACGGCUGUCUGAUGAAGCAUUUCUGGCAUCUAUCGGUUGGGAUCGUGAGAGUAGAGGUGAUUAAGAAUGCUUUUGUGGAAUGUAGACUAAAGUGGUGUUUCAAAAAGAUUCCAUAAUUUAUCAAAGUGUAAUUUUUUUUUUUUUUCUCUCUUAUUCCUCUCCAAAGGGGUGGUGCCAUACCAUACAUCUGAUCUCACUAGUCACACAGGAUGUAGUUUUGUUGUAAUGUUUAAUUUGCUCUUCGUUUCAAUCUCUCUCUCUAAAUAUAAUGAGUUGUACAUU